AUGAAGCAAGCUCUCCUCAGCGCCCUCCUUGCCUCCUUGGCUUUCAACCCGCUUGCUUCAGCAGCUAGCCCUCGUGCCAGGCGUGAGGUCGUCACCGUCACCGAGACCGUCACUGGCUCCAACCCGGGCGCGACACCGUUUGACUGGGCUGCUGGCGCGACGACUGACUACCCCAUCCAUUCCUCUUGCAACGCCACUGAGCGUGCUCUGCUCACAAAGGGUUUGAACGAGGCCAUCAAGCUGGCCCAGCACGCCAAGGAGCACGUCCUGCGCUUUGGCAACAGCUCGGAGUUCUACACCAAGUACUUCGGCGAGGCACCCACCGGCGAGGUUAUUGGAUGGUACGAGAGGAUCGUUAGUGCCGACCGCGGUGGCAUCUGGUUCCGCUGCGAUGACAUUGACGGCAACUGCCACCAGGACGGCUGGGGCGGCCACUGGCGCGGUGAGAACGCAACCGACGAGACCGUCAUUUGCUCUCUGUCCUACGAGACGCGCAAGCCGCUCGAGGGCAUGUGCGGCUACGGCUACACUGUCGCCUCGGGCAAGCUCAACUUCUACUUCGCCGCCGACCUGAUCCACCGUCUGUACCACCUGCCGGCCAUCGGCGAGGCCAUCGUCGAGCACUAUGCCGACACGUACGCCGAGUGCCUCGAGCUGGCCAAGACCAACCCCGCCGACGCCGUGCGCAACACGCACACGCUGCAGUACUUUGCCCUCGACGUCUACGCCUACGACAUCGCUCUGCCGGGUGAGGGCUGCACAGGCAGAGACACGUCCGCUUCCGAGUCUUCUUCUGCCUCGGCGUCUUCGACCCCGGCGCCGACUUCUUCUCCCACGACCACUCCCGCGCCCUCGGUCUCUGCUGAGUCCGCCGCUGCCGGUCAGGAGUGCCACACCCACAGCGAUGGCAUCGUCCACUGCAUUGCCGACGAGACUGCUACGCCUACGUCGACUAGCUCUGAGGCUGCCUCUACUACCGCCGAUGCUCCCGCUGAGUGCCACACGCACGCCGACGGUGUUGUGCACUGCGCAUAA